UGCGUCUCCGGGCGUUAGAGCGCGGCGACGGUCACGCCGCGGAAAGGAAGGACUAGCGCGCUGCCUGAGCCUCCGCGGCCAUGGCCAAGCGGUCCGCUCCCCGCUGCUGCCUGGGCUGGGACUUCAGCACGCAGCAGGUGAAAGUUGUGGCUGUUGAUGCAGAGCUGAAUGUCUUCUAUGAGGACAGUGUGAAUUUUGACAGGGACCUCCCAGAAUUUGGGACUCAGGGUGGAGUUCAUGUUCACCAGGACGGCCUGGCAGUGACUUCUCCAGUCCUGAUGUGGGUCCAGGCUUUGGAUAGCAUCUUGGAGAAGAUGAAGACGUCAGGCUUUGACUUCUCGCGAGUCCUCGCCUUGUCCGGGGCGGGCCAGCAACAUGGAAGUAUAUACUGGAAGGCCGGGGCCAGUCGGGUGCUGACGAGCCUGUCACCAGACCUCCCGUUACGCGAGCAGCUGCAGGCCUGCUUCUCCAUCAGCGACUGCCCAGUGUGGAUGGACUCCAGCACCACCGCCCAGUGCCGCCAGCUGGAGGCCGCCGUGGGUGGGGCCCAGGCUCUCAGCUGCCUCACCGGCUCCCGCGCCUACGAGCGGUUUACGGGAAACCAGAUUGCGAAGAUUUACCAGCAGAACCCCGAGGCCUACUCACACACGGAGAGAAUUUCCUUGGUCAGUAGUUUUGCCGCUUCCCUGUUCCUCGGGUCCUACUGCCCCAUUGACUACAGUGAUGGUUCCGGAAUGAAUCUGUUGCACAUCCAGGACAAAGUCUGGUCCCAGGCUUGCCUCCGAGCCUGUGCACCUCAUUUGGAGGAGAAGCUUGGCCCCCCGGUACCAUCGUGCUCUGUCGUGGGAGCCGUUUCUUCCUACUAUGUCCAGCGCUACGGAUUUUCUCCAGAAUGCAAAGUGGUGGCCUUCACUGGGGACAACCCGGCAUCGCUGGCAGGCAUGAGGCUGGAGGAAGGUGACAUUGCGGUCAGCCUGGGCACCAGCGACACCCUGUUCCUCUGGCUCCAGCAGCCCACGCCUGCCCUGGAAGGCCACGUCUUCUGCAACCCGGUUGACCCCCAGCACUACAUGGCGCUUCUGUGCUUUAAAAACGGCUCUCUCAUGAGAGAGAAGAUCCGAGAUGAGUCGGCUUCCUGCUCCUGGAGUGAGUUCUCUAAGGCGCUGCAGUCCACGGAGAUGGGGAAUGGUGGAAACUUGGGCUUUUAUUUUGACGUAAUGGAGAUCACCCCUGAAAUGAUCGGCCGCCACAGGUUCAGCGCAGAAAACCGUGAGGUCUCAGCGUUCCCCAAGGAUGUGGAGGUCCGAGCCCUGAUUGAAGGGCAGUUCCUGGCCAAGAGGAUCCACGCCGAGGGCCUGGGCUAUCGAGUCAUGCCCAGGACGAAGAUUCUGGCCACGGGAGGGGCGUCUCACAACAGAGACAUAUUACAGGUGCUCGCGGAUGUGUUUGGCGCCCCAGUGUAUGUCACAGACACCGCCAACUCGGCCUGCGUGGGCUCCGCGUACCGGGCUUUCCACGGCCUUGCAGCUGGGACAGAUGUGCCCUUUUCUGAGGUUGUGAAGUUGGCCCCGAGCCCCAGAUUAGCCGCUACUCCAAGCCCAGGAGCUUCUCAGGUCUAUGCUGCCCUCCUCCCGAGGUAUGCCCAGCUCGAGCAGAGAAUCCUGUCCCAGUCCCGGGGGCUUCUGGAGUGAGUUCUGCAGGCCCAGGAGGCCCGCUGACCCUGCCUGCCCAGACUUGCUGAUCCCUCGUGGAGAUGUGGCCCUGGACACAGCGGGGAUCCUCCGCCCAGUUCUGGGAACCUGCCACCCGAUUCCGAGGUCCUCCAGCCUGUCCCGGAUUCCCUGGAAGCCUGCCUUAGCACAUCUUCCUGAGCAUAAAUGGGCUGCUUGUGUCCCUGUGUCCUUGUGCUCGGGACAGGGAAGCAUCUCUUCUCUUGUCUUUAUUUCAGGAGGCAGGAUAGCACUGAUUCUGGGACAUCGCCAAUAAAAAUUGUGCCUGUUUUGCUUUUCAAGGGAGAAGGGAAGCUAAUCCAGGAACCUGAAUCGAUAGCAUAGGGGAGACAAAGCUGUCCCACAUACUCUGACCUCAGCCUACCCUCUCCUCCGGUCCUGACUCUCUGGCCACUCUCCCCCAGGCCCUAACCCACAGCCACCCCCCACCCCCCCAGGCCCUGUCCAUCCUGUCCCCCAACCCUGACCCUCCCUGCUGCUACCUCCCUCCUCAUUUCACCCAUCUGAAGUGAUGCCCAGUUUCCCGGCCUGUCUUCCCCAUGCCCAGCCCUCCCUUAUGCUCUUACCCUUCUUUCAGCAUCUGUUCCUUCUCCCUCCUCGAUCUCUCCUCCCUCCCCUGCCCACCUGGUGUAACUCACCACCUCCUGCCCCAAACACGAGGUGCCUGGUGAUUGUGCUUCAGUUCUGCCCACAGGCUGCCUGACUCCCAGGCACAAGAGAACACUCGGAGGCCCAGGCGGCACAGUUUAUUCUCUCCCCCUCCCUGAGCCCCACCCCCACCCCACCCCCAUACCCCCUUGCAAUUCUCUUGCUGGAAAAAAAAACCCCUGAGAAUUUCCCAACUCUGGAUUUUGGUGAUUCCAUCCCUGCAGUGUCCUUACCAUGUUCUCCAUUGUCUGCGUUUCCUGUGAAUUGGUGGUUGGAUCUAAUACAGGGUUACCCAGCCUCAGCACUAUGGACAUUUUGGGCUGGAUGAUGCUUUGUUGUGGGGGCUGCCCCGCCCACCAGAGGAUGUUUAGCAGUAUCACUGGCCUCUACCCACUAGAUGCCAUUAUCACCCCCUCCCCCAAGUCGUGACAAUCAGAAAUGUCUCCAGGCAUGGCCAGAUAUCCCCUGGUGGGGGUGGGGGAGCCAAGUUGCCCCUGGUUGAUCAUCACUGACCUAGAGGCUUGAUCGGAUGCAUAUGUGAUUAUUUUCUUUUUUAUGUAAGACUACUUUUAGUUGGCGUUGUAUUCCUCCAUCAGGAGGCACACUGCGUCUGGUUUUCUCUCCUUUCUGUGAUGUUUCUACCUAGCUCCAUGAGUUCACUAGGGAGACAGUUUUGUUAUCCCUCCUCAUUUAUUGGCUGGCAUUCUUCUCUACACCAAACAUCCCCGAUCCAGUUACCCAGUGGUACUGUUUCCCCAGGAGAGGCAGAAUAAAUAGAUUCUUUCCUCCA